AUGUCCAAUCUUGAUGACGAGACCCUCCUCACCGACUGGCGUGGAUUGUUUCCUGUUGGUGCCGCCUCGGCCGUCACUGCCGAUCUUGCCUCCGCCGUUGCUGACGGGGUGAAGGGCAUGAAGCCCAGCGGCGAGAGGCGCUCUGAUUCAGGAGCGGACGAGGAGGAGGAGAAGGAGGCCGACGACGUCGUCAAGGACGACAGCAGCGACGAGGACGACAGCGACGAGGACGAGGACGAGGACGACCGGAGCUUCGGACGGCGAGGUCUCGCUGUCCAGACUCAGAAGGCUCGGGGCAAAGCCCCCAUGGCCGGUGCCUCUCUGGCACGUUGCAGAGAAUCAGCACCGUCGCCGUCGCCUGAGCCAGGCGUUUCUGGGGAGCCUGAUCUCCCGGAUGAUGAAGCCCGGGAGGGGGAGGGAGCGGAGAGUGAGCAAGAGCUCACGAACGAUGACCCCGUCGCCCCAGGCCGCAUCUGGGGCGACGUGGGGAUGGAGGGGUAUGAGAUCCCGCUGAUCCCGGAGGAUCAGCGAAAGCAAGCGGUGGUCGUCCAACCCAGCGGCCACCGCUUCAAUGUCGGUAUGGGUGAGCAAGCUCACGCUAAAGUUGAGGCAAGUGUCAUAACCACCACCAACAACGUAGUCAUAUAUACUAAUCUUCAGCAGCCCAAGAGCGUGGCGGUCGUUGCCGGCGGAGUGGGAGGUUCGAAGGUUGAAAUGGCGAGUCGUGCCGCCACCUUCGACGAGGAGAGCGAGUACGCUGCGUCUGAGACUGAAUCAGUCGCUUCAGAAACUCCCUCGUUGGGAAGCAAGAUGCUGGUCGAUCAAGGUUGGGGUGUUGUUGAUGUGACCACCAUCUACGACAUUUCGGCUUGGCUGAAUGCUUCCCUGACCUUCCCUCCAACGGGUGUGAAGCGCAAGGCGGAGAAGGUUGGAGCUGGCCUCCCAGUGGCCAACAACCAGAAGUUUCAAGGGCGUCGCUCUGACCGCCCUUUCGUCAAGAAGCAGAGGCUCAACCGGCCACUGGGAAGCUCAGCUUCACCUGAAGGUGCUUCCACACCUUCACUUUCCUCAUCCACCUCAUCCUCGCCAUCAACACCACCUACACCCUGCCCGCCACCUCGAAAGGUGUCUGCGUCUGGAGCUGGCAAGAAGAAGCUCGUCCGCGAUCUUUGGACCCGCAAGCCGCUCUCUCCCGCGAAUGAACUCGCGGCAUCCGCUUUCUUCGCGGCAGACAUUUUCAUCCCCAUUCUCGGUGCAGCACCUACACCCUGCCCGGCGGUUCGACCUCCAAAGGUAAUUUCGACCAGAGGUGGCAAGAGGACCAAGCUCAAUCAAGAUCUUUGGACCCGCAAACCACUCUCUCCCGAGGCCGAACUCGCGGCAUCAGCUUUCUUCGCGCCACCAACGACACCUAUAUCACCACCAGUCUUCCCACCACUUCCCAAUACAGCUUCAUCCUACUCUUCCAAGAGGACCAGGCUCAGUACCGAUUCCCCAGCUCCCAAUACGAGUUAUUUCUCCUCUUCCAAGAGGAUCAAGCUCAGUCACGAUCGCCCACAAGCUCGAUCCAGCUCUGGCAGGAAGGCGAAGAAGCGUGAUCAUGAUCUCUGGACAUCUUACCUCAAGGGCCGCGAGCAGCUUAGAACUGGUCGAAGCCAGUAA